GUACCCGCCCCCCUCCCCAAUGGUCUGUAGUCUCUGGUCAUCUCCUGUACUAUGUCUGCAGUCUCUGGUCAUCUCCUAUACUAAGUCUGCAGUCUCUGGUCAUCUCCUGUACUAUGUCUGCAGUCUCUGUUCAUCUCCUAUACUAUGUCUGCAGUCUCAGGUCAUCUCCUGUAGUAUGUUGGCAGUCUCUGGUCAGCUCCUGUAGUAUGUCCCGCAGUCUCUGGUCAUCUCCUGUAGUAUGUCAGCAGUCUCUGAUCAUCUCCUGUACUAGUAUCCACAUCUCUGGUCAUCUCCUGUAGUAUGUCAUCUCUGGUACUGUAGUAUGUCCGCAGUCUCUGAUCAUCACAUGUACUGUGUCUGCAGUCCAUUGGUUCAGAAUAUUUUUUUCUUGUUUUCCUCCUCUAAAACCUAGGUGCGUCUUAUGGUCA